GAAUUCAGCAUCAAUAUCAUCAAAAUAUAAUACACUCCAAAAUUCUCAAGAUUCCGCAAACGGAACUAGACCAGAUUUUACUGUGCAAAAUUAUUCGAAUUAUGAAAUCUUCACUUUAGAGAAAAAGAUCAAGACUAACUUUGCCAAAUUAAGUAGACAAAUGCGAAAUAAUAUAAAUUAUAUUGUUGCUCAAGAGAAAAAAAAGGGACGUUCAUUAUCUAAAAAUUUUCAAAACUUUGGAGCAUCAACAGAAGGAUUUGACAUUGUGACUAAAAGGAUGAUAUCUAUUGAUCGAUAUGUUAUAAUACAAGAAAUCUUUACGAUUGAAGUUCUGUCCUGUAUUACAGAUUAUUAUAAGCUUAAAAUUUUAAUUAGCAGAGUGAUGGCUUUGUCAGUCCUCAUUGAUCAAAGUCUGAAG